GUUCCAGAAUGAGUUCAUUGAAGCUUCUCCUCGUCCUAUUGAUUCCAUCAAUAAAGGCCUUCGUGAAUCUGAACACCACUGAACAAUUACCCAGAGGAGUGAACCAACUCCAUGGUCUUUCUCAUCUUAGUGCAUCUAAUGCAGAAUUCCCUGCACGCUGCGAAAGUGAGUGGACACUCUUCGCCAAAACGGAUGCUUGCUAUAAGACCUUUUUUGGAAAGACGUUUGACAGUGCGGAAUAUAUUUGCAGCACGUAUAGAGGACAUUUGACUUCAAUCCACAGCUAUGAAGAAAAUAAUUUUAUAGCCGAGUUGACGAAAAUGGAUAAACCAACCUCAACCUACACUGAUUUUACUUGGAUAGGAUUACACCUCAAAACAAAUAGCAAGAAAUGGACCUGGACUGACGGUACAGAAGUUGAUUUCGGACCCUGGGCGAAGGGAUGUCCUGAUCGCGGAAAUGGAAAGUGUGCGCUGCUGAUCAAUGAAGUUCACCUCAACGAUCCUCAUGGACUUUACUAUCAUACAUGGGCAGACUGGCCCUGCGACCAAAAAUUGAGAAUAUUCGUUUGCAAGAAAAUGGCUUUACAUUGAAGCAGGACUCAAGUGCAUUUGAUUGUUGUGAUCGAUGAUUGUAAUUAACAAUCUACAAUAUCGAACAAGCAAUGAAUAAAUGUUGACCCUUU